CACGCGUGGGCCAUCCCAGGCAGGACGGGGGGCCCCGAGGUAACGGCUCACGGAGGGGCCCCACCGGCCUUUGCCACAGCGUAGAGGAGGAGGAUGAGGAAGGCCGCAACCCCCCGCCCGGGCAGGGCCUCCCCGGGGCAGCCGGGCCCCCUCGUGUGACCUUGGCUCGGCCCCGCCGUGCGGGGGGCGGGGAGGCCUCGGCCCAGCCGCGACCCCCCUGCCCGGCGGGUGACGGCGCUCCGGGGAGACCCACCGGGGCCACGGGGCUCCGCAGGCCCUGGUCUCCCUGCCGGCCGCAGGCAGGAGAUCCCGGCAGCUGCGGGCAGCCGAUCCCUCCGAGCCCGGCCGCGGCGGGAGAGCCGGCGGGUCCCGUCCCGCCAUCCCGGCUUGUGGGGGGAGCCCACGGCGGGCUGCGGCCCGUCCCACCGCCGCCAUGGCACUGGUGAGUCCCGGUAGAGGCCAGGGAGCUCUGUCAGGUGCCUCCGUGCCGUGGCCCCCGCGAGAUGUCGUGGCACAGCCCGUGUCCGCUGUGGGGAUGUUCGGCGCUGUGGGCUGGAAGGGGCUGGGGCCCAGUGGCGAUUGGCGUGGGGAUGGGGAUGGCGAUGGCUACGGCUGACUCACCGCCCUGGCACUUCCUCCCCAACGGCGGCGGGAAGGGGAGGGAAGGGCAGAGGAGGUCCCCCCGAAACCGGGGAGGCGGAAGGGACCAGCCCCUUCCUAGCACCACCUCCGGGAAGGAUGGGUUGAACUCCAGCGGGGAAGGAAAAGGCGACUGGAGCCGAGGUAUCCAGCCGGUGGGACCCGCUCAGCAAAGCCCCCCGGCCCGCAGGGCUGCACCCCGGUGCUGGGCACCGUUCUCCGCCGAGAUGACUCCCCACCGGCCGGCGGGGCCCGGCUCACCGCCCCGGCGCGGGGCUCUCUUACAGAACGUGCUGGCCAAGGCGCUGUACGACAACGUGGCCGAGUCGCCGGACGAGCUUUCCUUCCGCAAGGGCGACAUCAUGACGGUGCUGGAACGCAACACGCAGGGGCUGGAUGGCUGGUGGCUCUGCUCGCUCCAUGGCCGUCAGGGCAUCGUCCCCGGCAACCGCCUCAAGAUCCUGGUGGGGAUGUAUGACAAGAAGCAGCAGCAGCAGCAAGCACCCGGCCCGGCGCAGGGGCAGGCACUGCCGCAGCCAGCAGUGCCCCAGCCAGCUCUGCCUUACCACCACCAAGGGGGCUACACCCCGCUGUCGCCUGCCUCGCAGUACACACCCAUGCAUCCUCCUUAUGCCCCCCAAGGGGACAACGUCUACCUGAUGCCAGUCCCCAGCAAGGGACAACAGGGUCUCUACCCGGGCUCAGCACCCAUCGGACAGUUUCCAUCUGCCCCAGCUAAGCAGCCCCCCACCUACCCGAAGCAGACGCCGCCUCACGCGUUUCCCAGCCCCGGCCAGGAGAUCUACCAAGUGCCCCCCUCCCUGGGCCAAGCGGCAGAGGCAUACCCCGGGGGCUCUGCCACCCCUCCCCAGGAUGUCUACCAGGUUCCUCCCUCAGCCGGUCAGGCUCAGGACAUCUACCAGGUGCCCCCAUCGUUGGACAUGAGGAGCUGGGAAGGGCACAAGCCCCAGGGAAAGGUGCUGGUACCCACCCGUGUGGGACAAGUCUACGUGUACGACUCCCCCAAGGGUGAGCAGGAUGAGUACGAUAUCCCUCGCCACCUGCUGCCUGUGGGCUCCCAGGAGAUCUACGAUGUACCGCCUGUCCGAGGAGGGGUCCCGAGUCAGUUCAGCCAGGAGGUCUAUGACACUCCCCCCAUGGCCGUUAAGGGUCCCAAUGGUCAAGACCCAGGGCAGGAGAUCUAUGACGUGCCCCCCAGCGUGGAGAAGAACCUGCACCAAACUGUGUACGAUGUCCCCCCGUCGGUGAGCAAGGAUGUGCCGGAUGGCCCAGCACGGGAGGAGACCUACGACGUGCCCCCCGCCUUCGCCAAGCAGAAAGUCUUCGACCCCUCCCGCCACCCCCUCAUCCUGGCCCAGCAGGAGCCCUACUUGCCUGAGGAUGUCUAUGAUGUGCCACCGGUGGCUGGGAAAGGUGCCCCUGAGCUGCCACUCUCCCAUGAGAUCUAUGACGUGCCCCCCAGCCUCAAGAAGCUGGGGGGGUCAGCCUUCCCCUCCCAGGAGGUGUACGAUGUGCCCCGUGACUUGCAUGCUCCGGGCAAGGGCUCCCUGGACGUGGAGGGCGAGUACAUCUAUGAUGUUCCACCACAAGUGGACCGCGAGGCCAAGGGCACUGACACCAAGCGCCUCUCGGCCUCCAGCACAGGCAGCACCCGCAGCAACAUCUCCACAUCCUCGCUGGAUGUGGUGCCUGUGAAGGAACCGGCCAAGGGAGCCGGCAGGGAGUUCUCCCUGGACUUGGAUGCUGCUAUGGAGACGCUGGCAAAACUCCAGCAUGGUGUCGGCGGUGCCGUCUCCUACCUCAUGUCCUUCAUUGGUGCCAACUGGCGCAGCCCCGAGCACAUGGAGGCCAAUGCCGCCAGCAUCCGUGGCGCGGCCGAGGGUGUCCGGACAGCCCUCCGGGACCUGCUGGAGUUUGCUCGGGGGGCAGUGGGCAAUGCCGCCCAGGCCUCUGACCGUUCCCUCUAUGCCAAGCUCAGCAAGCAGCUGCAGAAGAUGGAGGAGGUUUACCAGGCCCUGGCACGGCACGGCCAAGCGUUGGACGCUUGCCACUGGGCCCCAAGUGCCCUGGCUGGUGGCAAGCCAGGCACGGACGACCUGGAGCACUUUGUCAUGCACUCGCGUGGUGUGCCCGAUGACACCAAGCAGUUGGCCUCCUUCCUGCACGGCAAUGCCUCCCUCCUCUUCAAACGGACAAAGCCGGCGGCGGAGAGUGGCGGCCAUGGGCCCCCUCACCCCUCCGACAAGACCAGUAGCAUCCAGUCCCGGCCCUUGCCCUCCCCACCCAAGCUGCUGGCCCAGGAGUCACCUGACGGGCCCUACGAAAACAGUGAGAGCGGCUGGAUGGAGGAUUACGACUACGUCCAUCUCCAGGGCAAGGAGGAGUUUGAGAAGACCCAGAAGGAGCUGUUGGAGAAAGGCAACAUCAUCCGGCAGAGCAAGGACCAGCUGGAGCACCAGCAGCUGAAGCAGUUCGAGCGGCUGGAGCAGGAGGUGACGCGCCCCAUCGACAACGACCUGUCCAACUGGAGUCCACCCCAGCACUACGGCCCCACGCGGGGUGGGGGGACCCUGUGUCCCGCCGACCGCCAGCUCCUCCUCUUCUACCUGGAGCAGUGCGAGGCCAACCUCACUACACUUACCAAUGCUGUUGACGCCUUUUUCACUGCCGUCAGCACCAACCAGCCCCCCAAGAUCUUCGUGGCCCACAGCAAGUUUGUCAUCCUCAGUGCCCACAAGCUCGUCUUCAUCGGGGACACGCUGUCGCGCCAGGCCAAGGCCCAGGAUGUCCAGCACAAGGUGAUGCACUACAGCAACCUCCUCUGUGAGAUGCUCAAGGAGAUCGUCGUGACCACCAAGGCGGCCGCCCUCCACUACCCUUCUCCUGCCGCCUCUAAAGACAUGAUGGAGCGUGUCAAGGACCUUGCUAACAGCACACAGCAGUUCAAGAUGGUGCUGGGCCAGCUGGCAGCCAUGUAAUGGCCUGGGGCUGCUGUCCCCUCCCCAUGGCCCCCACCCUGUCCCCAGACAUGCAUCCCGCUCCACAAGAGCCCUCUCUGCCCGGUGUAAGCGGACAUGUACAUAGAGACUCCUACGCGCACCAGGGGCUGAGGCUCUGCUGGUAGUGGGGUGAGGGGCUGUGGCCGUCAUGCCCGUUCCUCUUCUUCCAAGGAUUGAUUUUGGAGCUGUGCCCUUCAUGAAGCAAAGCUGGGAGGUGGAUUCAUGCCCACUCCCUUCUCCCUGUCCUCUCUCCAUACAAAGCCGGCCUGGAGGCUGUGGGGCCAUGUCCCUGUUGAAUCAAGAUGGGGUAUGCCCGGCGAUUUGGGGUGAUGCUGCAGCUGCUGCACUCUUGGGGGGGCUGUGCACUCGGGGGGCCCAGUCUCUGGUAGUCAGCAGAUUUUAAUGGUGUGGAAGCCACCCCUCGUAGUGACAGUGAGGUAGAGAUGGGUUGUCCUGUCCCCCUGUGCAAUGGGGGCUGUGGAUAAGGGUCCUCAGGGGGUGGGGGAUGAUGGGGGGUUAAGGGACAGGAGGAGCCUGACUUGGGUGUUCUCAUGUCUUGGGUUUUGCUGUUCUACCAGCUCCAACUGAACCACAAACUGAAAUUGGUGCCUUUUGAAUGCAGGGGAAGCUUCUGCUGGUUCCUGGAGCUAUGGAGUUGCAGCCCUGCGCCCUCCCUGUCUCCCCAGACUCAGCCCCCUGUCCCCCCAGCAGCAUAAAGUUUUGCCUAGAAGCCCC